GAACUUCGCAGAGCCCGAGAGGCUCCUCCCUGUAACAAAUUAAGAUGUGAUAACGUUGAAGAAUAGGAACCCGAUAGCUUCAAAACAGAUUUCAGCGGUGGACCUGACAUACUCAAAGUUUGCACAAAUGAACCUGGAUGAGGACAGUGGCCUGUCAGUCAGUUGCGGCAAUGGCAAACUGAGACAGUGGCUAAUCGAUCAGAUUGACAGUGGGAGAUAUCCCGGCCUGGUUUGGGAGAACGAUGAAAAAACCAUCUUCAGGAUUCCGUGGAAGCAUGCAGGAAAGCAAGAUUACAACAGAGAGGAGGAUGCUGCACUCUUUAAGGCAUGGGCGUUGUUCAAGGGAAAAUACAAGGAAGGUGUAGACAAACCAGAUCCCCCUACAUGGAAAACCAGACUACGCUGUGCCCUUAAUAAAAGCAAUGACUUUGAUGAAUUGGUAGACAGAAGCCAACUGGACAUCUCUGAGCCAUAUAAAGUGUACAGAAUCAUUCCAGAGGGAGCCAAAAAAGGAAUGAAGAUGAGCACUGUGGAGGAGGCCACACCACAUGCAACUACCCUUAGCUAUAUUCCUCCAUAUACAUCCCUGCACAAUCAGGUACCUGGUUUUAUGGUUUCUCAGGAGAGAAGGGACUGGAGAGAUUACCACACACCUCCAGAACAGCAGCCUCUUCCACAUCACCAUGGGCCACAUCCAGAGCUGCAGUACAGUCAGUGCCACUACCCAUCAUCAAUCAGUCGGGCCUGGCCUGGGUCACACUCAGAAAAUGGUAUUCAGCUCUCCUUCCACACCUACUUUUCAGAGUCUCAACCGCCCAUGUAUGCAGUGGACCAUAACAGUGCCAUAACAGAUUUUAGCCUGCAUGUGUCCCUAUUCUAUAGAGAGACUUUGGUAAAGGAAGUUACCACCACCAGUCAACAAGGAUGUCGGAUCACUUCUUCCUCCUCUCCCUCCUCUUCCUCUUCUUCUUCCCCAUGCCCAGAGGACAAGUUUCACAGUGGGGCAGAAGUAAUUUUUUUCCCAUUCCCAUACCCUGAAUCUCAGAGACAGGGUGCCGAGAUGCUUCCUGACAUACUAGACAAAGGGGUGCUUCUGUGGAUGGCAGCCGAUGGGCUGUAUGCUAAGCGCCUGUGCCAAGGAAGAGUAUAUUGGGAAGGACCUCUGGCUCCAUUUAUGGAUAAACCCAACAAGCUGGAGAAGGAGCAGCCAUGCAAGCUGUUUGACACCCAUCAAUUCCUUAUUGAACUUCAAGAUUUUGCCCAUAAUGGCCGUCAUGUACCAAGACACCAGGUGGUGCUAUGUUUUGGAGAUGAAUAUCCUGACCCACAGCGCCCAAGGAAGAUGAUCACAGCACAGGUGGAGCCUGUGUUUGCCAGGAAACUCGUGUACUAUUACCAGCAGAGCAAUGGCCACUACCUACGGAGCUAUGAACACAUCCAGGAGCAGAGCACCUCUCCAACAAUUGACUAUCACUCUUCCCAGAGACCUCUGCAGCAUAUUCAGGAGUGACAUUCAAAUACAAGCACACACACAGAUGUGCACACACAUAUACAUGAAUGUGAAUGUAAUGCUUCAACUUUUUAAUCAUGAUUUGUGACUGCAGUCCUGUGUACAGUAAGCAGUAGUAACUGUCAUGUUAGCGAGGGGUAGAGUGGGGGAAGACCCUGUCGUUUUCACUUGCACACCUAUGCAUCGUAGUCUUUGUGUCUGUGACUGUGGAGUAAGGUUUUUUUUUUUUCUUCAACAAAUAUUAUUGUGACAGUGUGAAGGAUGCGGUUUGUGGGUGGGGGGAUGAGGAGAGCGGAGGGCAACUGAGACAGGAAGUACUAGCACAGGUGCACAGGAAGAAUGGCCCCUAAGACAAACACUGAUAUGUUAAAAUGAUAAAACAGCAUGAAUGAAUAGUUAUUAUUCACAGGUAACAGCUUAAAAUGGGAUUCUUGCUCUUGUGUGGUUAAGUGGCACUGAAGACCAUAAACAAUUCUGACUUUUUGGCACAAUUUGUUUUCUUUCUUCUUAUUUUCCUAUAAUACUUGAGAUGAUAAAUAGCAACAUUUGUUAGAUAGGGAAAUGAAAUGUGAAUAAUUUAGUCCAAUAUAUACCUAAAUUCUUGGUUUGAUUUAAGAAACUGAGAGAAAUAAAUGAUACAGAAGCACAAAAAAACCUAGAACACUGGUUCUCAAUCUGAGACAUGGGAUCCCUUUAAUAUGUUGCAAGAUAAUCCAAAGGUUCAAAAGCUGAUAACAGACAUACUGUAUAGUUUUCAUAGAAUUAAAAAAAAAAGGUUUAAAAGAUACAGCUUUUUUUGUAACCAUGGACCAUGGACCAUGAACUUUCUUGUAUAAUUUCAUUCCUCUGGUGCUAUAGUAAGUUAUUAUUUGAACCUUUUCUUUUGAUUGAAACAUACAGGCAUUAAAGUUUAGGUUUUGCAAGCAGACAGUAUUUUGUUUUAUGGGCUUACAACACACAACACAUUUUUUGUAGUUCAAGGCCUUUGUUUCUGGCUGUGAUGAUCAGCAUUGGAGUAACUGAACUGAAGGAAGCUGACUGGAAAAUCACACUCAUCCCGUAAGUUGCAGGGAAACUAUACCUGUUCCUCUUGACCUGAAACUAGUGGCCUUAUAAGUAGGAAGGAAAACUACCUUUGUGGUCCGAAUGCUGGUUUAGACAGGGAGGAGUUCUCUGGUUCCCAUGCCCGAGUUAGAUGCUGACACACAGGGUGGCCAACAAAAGCAAAAGCACAAGAUGCCACUUUAUAAAUUGAUGAACAGUAUAAAGCAAAUAAUGCCAAAAUGAGUAUAGUAGAAUUCCUUGUUACUGAAGGCCUAAAGGUUAAUGCUGAAGUAGAAGGGAUGAAGGUUUUGUUAUGUUUUUCUUCUGUGAUCCAGAGUUUCAAUCUCUGCACUUACUUCCUUCACACUUAAACCACAUCACUUUCACAAUGGCUUCAAACGUCUGACCAAAAUGUCUUUUUUUUCAAGAACCAUAGAUGAUUUUCCCCCCUUCAACAUCUAUCUCCCAAAAUCUCCCAAUUGUCUGCUGAGUGAAAUUUUGUUUCACAUUACUUCACAGUCAGAAAUUUGACAUGCUCAGAAUCAGUCAGCUUAAUGUACAGCAUGCUUUUGUGUAGUGUGUGUAAAGAAGUACAUGUGUCCAUGUGUGUAGGUUCGUACCUGUUGCAGUAUUACUGUUAACUGGAUCUGACAUUUAUCACACUCAGGACAAAACAUGUGACUCCCCCACCUACAACAUUAGUGACUCAAUCGCAGAUACACACCCUUUUCACGUCACAGGUUACAGUUACAGUAAAACAGUCAGAGCAAACUACAGAUGUUACCACACCAUUUUUUAAUAUUGUACGCAUUUAAAAAAAAAGAAGAUGCAAAUCAGAUAUUACUAUGGAGAUUGUUUUAAUAUA